ACGUUUGGAGAGAGGCGCGCCUGUGCGUCAAGAAGCUCCUGCGCUCUUUGUGGAUAUCCUCAAUUUCUUUAACUUUUCCCUUUGGUUUAUUUAAUUAAUUUCUACAUAUAUACCCCACUCUAAAGUUAAUUUUCCCCCCUUUAUUAAAACCUGACUCUUUGGAGCAAGUGGCAGCAUCUGGCAAGCUCUCAAUAACCCUUUUUACACUCUGUGCGCCUACAGCUGUCUCCAUAGAGUCAGCUGCUUCUCUGUAAGGGCUAUUUGAAUGUUGGGAGGCUGGAAUAUUUGAAUGUCACUAGGGGAGAAUGUGGGUAGUCUGAGGAAGGGGCUGCAUAAUAAAUGGUUGUACAUGUACCAUUUUUGGGGGGCAAGUAGUAGCUUGUGUGCCUGUGGUGCCUAAUGGGACCAUUUGGACCCACCAGGGUUUUCCAUAGGGCAAGAAAAUGGUAUGGUCCAAUGUGAACACCCCUACACAGAGAUCUGACAUGGAAGUGGCCCUUUUGCAAGGAUUGCUGGGAAGAAGAACUACAGUCGAGAUUUGGACCUUGGAGAGGAAGGUAGCCCUCUACAAAGGAAUUCUUCUUACGUGAAAAGACACUAUUACUUUUGGAAUUUCCUGUGAACACACACUCCCCAGAGAAGACUGCAACGCCAACGUUUCUCUUUUAGGUCAUGGCUGACAUUGAGAUCUUGGAGGACCGAGACAAGCUGAAGCGAGGCCUGGUGAAGGUGCUGGAGUGUGUAGCCACCAUCUCCUCAGCAGCAGCUGUGGUGAACCCCAUCUUCGGUGUGGCAGGCUCACUGAUCCGCGUCGUCCUGCACCACGUGGAUGAUGAGGAGAUUCAGACUCUUCGACGUGAGUUCGGCAGCGUGAACCGAGCCCUGGAUGAGCUUUCAGUGCAGAACCGUGGCACAUUGCUCCAGAUCAAGAAGGAGACAUUGGACGGGCAGUACAGCCGUGUGGAGGAGAACCUACGCAACCAGUUCCGUAAGUUCAUGGAGGUGGUGGAGGCACGGCCCGCGCACAAGGAGCGCAAGCGCGAUGAUUUCGAAGAAAGCUAUGCCAACGACCUGGGCGACCAGAACCUGCACACGCUCUACGACGGUGUCAUGGGCAAGCCCAAGCUCUUCAGCCGGCCCAUCCUCGAGGUCUACAUGACUCACUCUCAAGGAGAUCGGAGGGUGAUGGAGCGCCUGUGCACACGCCUCACCUACCUGUUCUGUAUCGGCCUCAUUGCUCUGAUGGGUUACGCUGCCAUCAUCGGUGAUGACGAAGAGGGUCUGAGCGAGGAGUGGGCUGAGAAGAUGGAAAACGUUCAAGAGAGGAUGCAGGAGGUGCUCCGGAGGUGCAAGUGAUUUUUUUUCCCUGAUCGAAAGAAACAGAGGACUCCUUAUGUAGUUCAUAGAAGUCUAUGCUGUGUCUGAUUAGGUCUUCUCCACUCACUUCUCUUUGUCAUGUAUUCGAUAUUCUCUAGGGCUUCACUGCUGUUCCUCAUGGUGUUUCUUUUUUUUUUUUUUUUUUUAACUCACUCUCCUUAUCAUCCCCUCUGUUUUCUUAGAUGCUGUCACAUACACUGCCCCCUGGUGUAAGAACAUGAUAGUUCAUUUAUUUGGUACAUUCUCAUACAUAUAGUACAUACAGUCUCACUCAUUCCACCUGAGGAUUUUUUCUUUAUUGUUUAAAGAAUACUUUAAAGCCAAAGAUUUCUUAUCGAAGUGGUAAGGGUUUGACAGCCAACUGCUGAUUGAUUGAGAUUUGAUUGAUCUACAGUGUCCUUGGAGGGUUAUACACCAUUUUGAUUAAAUCCCCAUCUGCAUAUAAAUUUUAGUUAUGAGAUCAUAUUCAUUUCUCAUGUGAUUAAGCUUGAUAACCUGACCUUGUUUUAUCAUCACAUCUAUCAACUGGGCUGGAUUGCUCAUGUGAGCAUUUUCAAAUAGU